AUGGGAACAUCGGAUCUUCUGAACGAGCUAAACCGAGACACAUUCCGCAUCGACCCGGACAGCGAGAAGCGCCUGUGCCACGUUGUGCUGCAGCAGCUCGACGACGCCUCGGGCGACAUCUCCGGCCUCGCCGUCAAGUGGUGCGUGCCGUGCGACAUCGUCGCUCAUGCGAUGAUCGCUUGCUUGCACGUUCCUGGUUCCUGGCAUGCAGUGUUUGGUUUAAGCCUGGUGCCGUUAGUGAAGAAGGUGAGCGAGGCGCGCGUGGCGGAGAUGAGCGCGGCGCUGGUGGGGAAGCUGCUGACGGGCAAGGACCAGCAGCGCGACAUCGCCGCCAUCGCGCUCAAGACCGUUGUGGCCGAGGUCGCGUCGCCGCCCGCCAUCCACCACCUGCUCGCGUCCCUGCCGGCCAGACUCACCGCUGCUAUUGACUCCCCGGACACGAGCGUGGAUGUGAAGGGCGAGUGCCUGGACGUGCUGGGAGACGUUCUGCAGCGGUUUGGAGUGGUGAUGGCCGGUGACCACGAGCGGCUGCUCGUGCCCCUGCUGCAGCAGCUCUCCUCCCCCCGCGCCUCCCUCCGCAAACGAGCCACGCAGUGCCUGGCGAGUCUGGCGGCGAGUCUAUCGGACGACCUGUUGGCGAGGGCGUCCAACAGCGUGGUGGCACUGCUGCAUCGCACUGACCUCAAGCCCGACAUGACUCGCUCCUACAUCCAGAUGGUUGGGGCGCUCUGCCGAGCGGUGGGGUACCGCUUUGGGCCGCAUCUGGGGGUGGUGCUGCCGCUCGUGGUGGGCUUCAGUGAGAGCGCCUCUGAGAACGACGAUGAGAUCCGCGAGUACUCCCUGCAGGCGUUGGAGAGCUUUGUGGUGCGGUGCCCCAAGGACGUGGCGGAGCACUGCGAGGCGAUACUGGAUUUGGCCCUCAAGUACCUGAGCUACGACCCCAACUUCACAGACGAUGCCAUGGAUGGCGACGGGGAGGGCGAGGACGAGGAGGACGAAGACGAGGACGAGGACGAGGAGGAGGAGUACAGUGACGAUGAGGACGUGAGCUGGAAGGUGCGGCGAGCAGCAGCGCGGUGCAUCGCUGCCAUCACCACCUCCCGCCCCGAGAUGCUAACCACGCUCUACACCAAGGCGAGCCCGAAGCUGAUCGAACGGUUCAGAGAGCGCGAGGAGAAUGUCAAGGUGGACGUGUUCAAUGCGUUCAUCGACCUGCUCAGGCAGACAGGCCAAGUCACCAAGGGCCACGGCACUCCUGCUGACGUUCCCCCGGGCAGCCCGCUGGCAGUGUUGAGGGAGGAGGUGCCUCGCAUCGUGCGCUCACUCAACAGGCAGCUCAAGGAGAAGUCGCUCAAAACACGGGUGGGAGUGUUCAGUGUGCUCAAGGAGUUGGUGCAUGUGCUGCCCAGCUGCCUCACAGACCUCAUCGCCCUCCUCAUCCCCGGCAUUCAAAAGGCUCUCUCUGACAAGGCGUCCAACUCCAACCUCAAGAUCGAGGCGCUUCUCUUCACACGCCUGGCCAUGGCAUCCCACCCACCCCACGUCUUCCAACCCCACAUCAAGGAGCUGGCGGCGCCAGUGGUGGCAGCGGCAGGAGAGCGGUACUACAAGGUGACAGCAGAGGCACUCCGAGUCGUGGGCGAGAUGGUCAAGGCCAUUCGCCCCCCCGCCCCCCAGGAUAACAACUUUGACUUUGCACCGUACGUGCCACUCUUCUAUGAUGCGGUCAUGAAGCGCCUCACUGCUCAGGACCAGGACCUCGAGGUGAAGGAGUGCGCCAUUGGCGGCAUGGGGCUGCUUGUCUCCAUCCUGGGCGACCACCUCCAAUCACAGCUCGCCACGUGUCUGCCCCUUCUGCUCGACCGCCUGCGUAACGAGAUCACCCGCCUCACAGCCGUCAAGGCGUUUGGCACGAUAGCUGAGUCACCGCUGCACAUCAGCCUCUCGUCCGUGCUCGACCCCACCCUCGCCGAGCUCACCUCCUUCCUGCGCAAGACCAACAGGUCGCUACGCCAGGCGUCCCUGUGCACGUUGAACGCCAUGCUCUCAGCAUAUGCGCCCGACAUCACAGACGCUGCCAGAGAUGCCCUUCUCACCGAGCUCGCCCCGCUCAUCAGCCUGCCUCAUUCUUUUGUCUACCGGCCUUCACCCCCCUCCACCCUCCGCCACCACCGCAGUGACUCGGACCUGGCACUGGCAGCGCUGGCACUGCAGCUGUGCUGCUCCGUGACCAGGCAGGCGCCCCCCGGGUCUGCUGCUGCAGCAGCUGUGUCGUCCAAGGUUCUGCCCCAGGCUCUCGCUCUUGUGCGCUCGCCGCUGCUGCAGGGGCAAGCACUGCAGGUGAGAGCAGGGCUGAAAGAGAGGGUGGUAGGACGGGUGAGAGAAGGGGUGAGAGAAGGGGCGAGAGGAGGGGUGAGAGAAGGGAUCCGGGGUGAGAUUAGGGGCGAGGGAAGGUGCCGUUGCCCUUCACAUCAUCCCUCUCCAUGCGUCUCUUUCUUCCCCUCCGCUUCGACCCCCUUCCCUCCUCUCCCCGCUCCUCUUCCCCCCUCAUGCAUCCGCCAGGCCCUACAAGAGUUCUUUGCAGUGCAGGCAUCAGCCACGUCCUUUGACUCGCUGCUCUCGUUCCAUGUCUCCGCUUCCAUUUCUCCAUGCCUCUCCUCCUCUCUGGCCCCCCUUCUUUCCAUGCCCUACCAGAGUUCUUCGCGGUGCAGGUGCAGGCGUCAGCCAAUCCCUUCGACUCACUACCCUCCUGGACCAUUCUCCCCCUCCUUUCCCCUUCUCCCCCUCCUUUCCCCUUCUCCCUGUUCCCCUCCCCUCCCCCGCCAGGCCCUGCAAGAGUUCUUUGCAGUGCAGGUGCAGGCAUCAGCCACGUCCUUUGACGCACUGCUCGCCGCGCUGCUCUCAGCAGGCCGCCCCUUCUCCUCCUCCAUGUCCCCCGCUGCUGCUGCCGCCGCCGCCUCCUCCUCUGCCGCUGCCCGCCCCGCCUUCUCGUCAGUGGCACAGUGUGCUGCUGUGCUGUGUGUGGCUGCUGGCGCUGACCAGUGUGCUGCUACUGUGAGGACGCUGAUGAGCAAUCUAGAGGGUGCUGCUCAUCCUGCUGACACGCACAAGCAACUGCUCUCCCUGCUGUGCCUCGGCGAGAUAGGCCGGCGGGUAGAUCUGAGUGCACACACCACGCUCCCCACCCUCGUCAUGUCCGCGCUGGCGUCGCCCUUAGAGGAGGUGAAGGCAGCGGCAUCGUUUGCGCUGGGGAGCAUAGCGGUGGGAAACCACAGCCAGUACCUGCCGUUCGUGCUGCAGCAGAUCGACUCCCAGCCCAAACUGCAGUACCUGCUGCUGCACUCGCUCAAAGAGAUCAUCUCUGGGCGAGCGGCGAGUGGCAGCAGUGCGGCAGUGGAGUUGGAGGGGGAGAACGUGGGCAAGGUGUUGGCGCUGCUGUUCACGCACAGUGAGAGCGACGAGGAGGGCGUGCGGAACGUGGUGGCGGAGUGUUUGGGCCGCCUCGCACUCAUCGACCCGCCACGCCUUGUGCCCGCACUAAAGGAGCGAGUGAGCAGCCCAUCCACCUUCACGCGGGCAACGGUGGUGGCGUCACUCAAGUUCACUCUCACUGACUCCGCCCAGCCCAUUGACGAUCAUCUCAAACCCCACCUCGCCUCCUUCCUCUUCCUGCUCCGAGACUCCGACAGGCAUGUGCGGCGGGCAGCAGUGCUGGCGCUGACGACAGCAGCCCACAACAAGCCAGGGCUGGUUGAGGACCUCUUGCCAGAGCUGCUGCCGCUGCUAUACGACCAGAUGCGGGUCAAGCCUGAGAUGAUCCGGACCGUUGAUCUGGGCCCAUUCAAGCACACAGUGGAUGAUGGGCUGGAGCUGCGCAAGGCAGCCUUUGACUGCAUGGACACACUACUCUCCACCUGCCUGCACCGCAUCCAACCGGCCGCCUUCAUCACCCCCUUCCUCAUCUCUGGCCUCUCGGACAACUACGAUGUGAAGAUGCCAUGCCACCUGGUGCUGGCGAAGCUAGCAGAGAAGUGCGCCCCAUCGGUGCUGGCAGUGGUGGAAGCUCUGGUCGACCCCUUAGAGAAGACCAUCACGACACGAGUCAAGGCGGACGCGGUGAAGCAGGAGGUGGACCGCAAUGAGGAUAUGAUUCGCAGCACCCUGCGUGCUCGUCUGAAGCAGGAGGUGGACCGCAACGACGACAUGAUCCGCAGCGCCCGCGCGCCGUGCAUGCGCUGUCUCGUGUCAGUACUACCUCUGCUCUGCUCUCUCUUCCUCCCACCCCCCCUCAACCCCUGUUCCGCCCUGCCCCCAUGGCACGAGCAGCAAUGUGGAGUCAUCUACUCGCUUCAAGACAUUCAUGACCAACGUGAUUACUUUCCGUACGACCUGAGUUACGUCACCACCUGCGUCAAUGUCGGCCUCACUUGCAGCGCCGAUGGUUACGUCACUCAUAUAGAUUGGCCGUACAAGGAAAUCCGAGGGGAGCUUCCUUCAGAUAUUUUCCAGCUGGUGCACCUUGAAUUCCUGUCUCUGCGUGACAAUUUUCUGCAUGGCUCCAUCCCUUCUGAAAUCGGAAACCUCGUCAAUCUCACGUCAUUGGACCUCACCAACAACUCCUUUUCAGGGCCCUUCCCCACCUCCUUCAGCAGACUCACCAAGCUCUCAUACCUGUACCUGUCAUUGAACAAGUUUUCGGGCAGCAUUGAUGCCAUCGGCAACAUAAUCUCUCUCAACGAACUAGACUUGUCACACAACCUGCUGUCGGGGACCAUCCCCCAGUCCUUCUCCGCCAUGACCAGCCUCAGGUCCAUUUGGCUGGGCAACAACUUGUUCACGGGGUCGCUGGCGCCCCUCGCUGCUCUCUACUCCCUCACCAGAAUCUCCCUGUGCUGCAAUCGCUUCAAUGGUUCCAUACCCACCUUCGCCAGCAACCCGACCGACUUUGACGUGUCAGCGAACGACCUCACAGGGCCGCUGCCCUCCGGCCCUGAACCUGCUGACGGCCUUAAUUUCAAUGUGUCGUACAACGGCCUCUCGGGGGAAAUCCCCUUCGACUUUAACGCCGCCAUCUUCUCCACCCUUGACAUAUCUCACAACAAUUUAUCGGGCAGAGCAUUCUUUACCGGGAAAAAGGGGGGAGCAUUCUUUUCUCUUAUCUCUACCGUCAACUUCGCGCACAACAGAUUCUCGGGAGCACUCGAUCCCUCCCUCUCCACCCUCACCUACCUCUACGACCUAGACAUAUCAGGCAACCUUCUCACGGGGUCCAUUCCAGCCUUCAUUUCACGCCUCACCUACCUCACUGUGCUCGACCUCUCUUCCAACCAGUUCACUGGCACCGUGCCGCCAGCUGUCAGCAACCCCACUGGCCUCGUCAGCAUCAACCUGGCGCACAACCUUCUGCAGGGCUCCAUUCCCCGGGCUCUCUCCCGCCUCUCCUCCCUCACCUACCUCAACAUGUCGUCCAAUCAGCUGUCAGGAGACAUCACACCGGCCCUCUCUCCUCUGCGCUCCCUUGAGAUUGUUGACAUCUCAGCCAACACAUUGAAUGGCUCUGUUCCGCUCUUCUUUGGCCGCAUGCCCAACAUGACCCACAUGAAUAUGGCCAUCAACCUACUCUCCGGCUCUCUGCCUCCCUCCAUUUUCAACCUGCGACAGCUCUCCUACCUCAACGUGUCUCGCAACCGCCUCUCAGGCCCUCUGCCCAACGCUGCUGCCAGUCCAGCUCUCAUCAUCGACCUCUCAUUCAACACGCUCUCAGGGUCGCUGGAGAGGCGCCAUAUCAAUCUCAAGCGCCUGGCCACGCUGGCGCUGCACCACAACCAGCUGUCAGGCCCCAUCCCCGAGUACCUCUGCCAAUCCGUGCUGCAGAUCAUUUGCCUUCUUCCUACUGCCAUCCUUUUGGGUGCUGUCAUCUACCCACACCAUCCAUCUUGCUUGCUUCCUCACCUCCUCGCUCCUCUCACCUCACCCUCUCUUCUUGUCUCGCGUUCUCCCAUUGCCUCGUUUGCCCCAUGUCUCCACCUGCCCACCUGCCCACCUGCCCACCUGCCCACCUUCCCACCUGCCCACCUUCCCACCUGCCCACCUUCCCACCUGCCCACCUGCCCACCUGCCCACCUUCCCACCUGCCCACCUUCCCACCUGCCCACCUUCCCACCUGCCCACCUGCCCACCUGCCCACCUUCCCACCUGCCCACCUUCCCACCUGCCCACCUUCCCACCUGCCCACCUUCCCACCUGCCCACCUUCCCACCUGCCCACCUUCCCACCUGCCCACCUUCCCACCUGCCCACCUUCCCACCUGCCCACCUUCCCACCUGCCCACCUUCCCACCUGCCCACCUUCCCACCUGCCCACCUUCCCACCUGCCCACCUUCCCACCUGCCCACCUUCCCAUGUGCACACCUUCCCGCCCUUCCACCUGUCCACCCUUCCACCUGUCCACCUGCCCACCCGUCCACCUGCAGGCUCCUGGGCAGCAACGCCUUCUGGGGGGCCCUCCCUCAGUGCCUGCCCUUCCUCUCCUCCGUCCAACUCAUGUCCGAUGCAACGAACUCUCAGUGGGUGUGGGUGACGCAGGGGGAGGAGCAGAAGGGAACUGGAGCAGGAGGGGAGGGCGGGGGAAAUAGCAGCGCUGUGGCAUGGCUGGCUGUGGAAGGGAAUUGUUUGGGGAGUGAGGGGUUGGGGCAGCAGCGGGGGGCAACAGAUUGUGUCACGCUUCACUCUCACUCCAUUUCCCUCUCUCUCAACUUCUCGACGCCAUUUCCCCGCCUUGUCUCUCCCUACUCCCCUUCUCCCUCCGUCUCGCACCAUCCCCCUCUCUCCACCCCUCUUCCACCCCCUUCCGUCCCUCUUCCCCCCUCGUCCCCCCCCCCUUUCCCCCCUCUUACGCCCACUUCCCCUCCACCCCCCCUCCUCUCCCCCGAUUCCCCCUCUCUUCCCCCCUCUCCACCCUUCUUCCCCCCGCUUCCCCCUUUCUUUCCCGCACCUUCCCCUCCUUUUCCCCCCCUAUUCGCCCCUUCCGCCCGCUGUCCCCCCAUUCCCCCCCUCUUCCCAACCUUUACCCCCCUCUUCCCCCCCCUUUCCCCCUCUCUCCACCCCUCUUCCCCUCCUCAUCACCCCUUUCCCCCCUCUUUCCCCCCACUUCCCCCCCUCUUCCCCCCCAUUUUCCCCUAUCUUCCCCCCCGUCCCCCCCUCUUCCCCCCCUCUUACCCCCCUUCCCCCCCACUUCCCCCCCCUUUUCCCCCCACCUUCCCCCUCUUUCUCCCCCUUCCCCCCCCUUUCCCCAACCCGUCCCCCCCACCUUCCCCCCGCCUUCCCCCCUCGUCUCCCCCCCCUUCCCCCGCUCGUUCCCCCCCCUUCCCCAUCUCGUCCCCCCCCUUUCCCCCCCUCCUCCCGCUAACCACUGCCCCCUUUCCCUUGACCUCCCCUUCCUUGUCAGUGGCCUCUCUGUCCACUGAUGCCCUAGUGGGCAUCGUUCUGGGCUGCUUUGCUGGCUUCACGCUGCUGGCUGCUAUGCUCGCAUGGUUGCUGUGGCCCCGCGGACCAAAGAAGUGGGAGGGGUUGGAUGUGUGUGAGCAGUUCUCGCUGCAGCAGAUGCUCAAGGCAACCAACAACUGGUCGGAGGACAAUGUGCUGGGCAAGGGUGGCUUUGGCGUUGUCUACAAAGGUCGCUCGUCACAGGGCCAGCUGUGGGCCAUCAAGCGCUCCACCAUCAUGACUAACGACUUUGAAACGGAGAACGUGGAGACGGGCAGGCAGGAGCAGAUCCUUGUGUACGAGUUCAUAGACAACAGGGACCUCCACUACCAUAUCCAUGCCACCAAGCGUCCACUCUCUCUGCGCCAGAGGCUGCGCCUAGCGCAGGGAACAGCAGAGGGCCUGGCGUACCUGCACGGGUUUGACACAACCAUCGUUCACCGCGACAUCAAGCCGGCAAACAUCCUUGUGACUGCUAAUAUGCACGCUAAGCUGGCUGACUUUGGGCUGCUCAAGCGCCUCACUCACGGCGAUGCUGAUGCCACGCGAGUGGCCGGCACUCCGGGCUAUGUGGACCCGGACUACAACCGUACCAACAUCAUCACAGCCAAGAGCGAUGUGUUCAGCUUUGGAAUCGUGCUUCUUGAGUUGCUGAGCGGAAAAUCAACCCAUGUUGGCGCUGACGAAAAGACACAUAUAAUAAAAUGGGCAAUGAAGAGGGUGGAGGAGUAUGAGCUAGAGGAGCUGAGGGACAGCAAGAUGCCAGUGGUCACUGAGGAGGCCUUAGUGGACUUUGCUGACCUGGCUCUGGACUGCAUCAAGUCUCCCGGCACACGGCAACCCACCAUGAAGGAUGUGGCAUACCGCCUCACUGCCUUCAUUGCCAAGCACUGCCCCGACAGGGAGGACGAGUGGGAAAGUGUCGCGAGAGACGACAGUGCAAGCAACGAGGGUGUGUCUUCCAGGGAUGUUUCUGGUUUGUCGUUUGGAGAUGGUGGGAGGGAGCCCAAGGGGUCUUAUGGCUCACAGUCUGGUGUGAGCUCAUUCAUGCUUGGCUCGAUGGGUGAUGGCGUCCGGAGUUGGCUGCAAUCGAAGCCAACCAAAGGGCGUUGA